CCUCCUCCUUCUUCUUCACUCCUCCCUUUGUGCGGCUGACAGCCUCCUUCUCGGACAGGACUGGAAGACACGCAAAGAUCAUGGCCGUACCUCCUAUCUACGUUGACCUUGGAAAGUCUGCCAGGGAUGUUUUCACCAAGGGAUAUGGCUUCGGGCUCAUUAAGCUGGACCUGAAGACAAAGUCUGAGAAUGGCCUGGAGUUCACCAGCACCGGCUCUGCCAACACUGAAACCAGCAAGGUCGCUGGAUCGCUGGAGACCAAAUACAAGUGGGCGGAGCACGGCCUGACCUUCACAGAGAAGUGGAAUACCGACAACACGCUGGGGACCGAGAUCACCCUGGAGGACCAGUUGACUAAAGGACUGAAGCUUACGUUUGAUUCAUCCUUCUCACCAAACACUGGCAAGAAGAGCGGCAAAGUCAAGACGGGUUACAAGUGCGAACACAUCAACCUCGGCUGCGACGUCCACUACGACAUCAACGGCACGGCCAUCCACGGCGCGGCGGUGGUGGGCUACGAGGGCUGGCUGGCCGGCUACCAGAUGACCUUCGAGGCCGGCAGGAACAGGAUCACCCAGAGCAACUUCGCCGUCGGCUACAAAACCGACGAGUUCCAGCUGCAUACGAACGUAAACGAUGGCACGGAGUUUGGCGGCUCCAUCUACCAGAAGGUGAACGACCAGCUGGAGACAGCUGUCAACCUGGCCUGGACUGCUGGAAACAGCAACACCCGGUUUGGAAUCGCUGCCAAGUAUCAGAUCGAUCCCGAUGCAUCCUUCUCUGCCAAGGUGAACAACUCCAGCCUGGUGGGCCUGGGCUACACUCAGACUCUAAAGCCAGGCAUCAAGCUCACACUCUCCGCUCUCCUCGAUGGCAAAAACAUCAACGCCGGCGGACACAAGCUUGGUCUGGGUCUGGAGUUCCAGGCAUAGGAAGCCGAGGCAGACGCCUCCCCUGUCCUCCAGCACACGUGCAUUCCCCAACAAAUAAAUACCCCGAAAACAAACAAAAAAAAAAACGAAUCCUCUAAAGAUUAGCUUUCCUUCACAAAGCCCCCAGUUUCCUUUACACAUGUUACAGCUGGAAGACAGCAGAAAGAUGAAAUCGUUCACGUCACCGUGAACCGCAUUUCAAGGACCACUUAAGGGAAUCAAUGAGCCCACUUUAGAACAAAGCCGCACUUGUCAAUCAGGAAGUUUGAACACGAGCUGUGUAACUUGUAAGGGAAGAGCAGCCCCGAGUACGUUCAUGUUGUCCUCACUCUUUUUUCAGAUCAUGGCGCUUUAAUUUGUGUCACUACUUUUUCAGUGCAGCAAAAUUUAAAAAAAAAGGGAACGUUACAAAGAAGCUGAGUCCGAAAUGCAAAAUGGACCGGACAGAGUUGGCAUACAGUGAAGUAGUUACACCACAGGAUGGUGCUGUUACAUAGCGCCUGGAAGCACUCCUCACACCAAGGUGUCAUGGUGAAGUCACCGUUUUAUUUGAACGCUGUGCACUGGAGAGCGCUCGUGUUUGUCUCCAUGUAUUCUUAUGGGAAGGGUUAGGCGUCCCUGAUAUUCAGUAGCUCGAAGAGACACUACACCCCCGAUGUGUACAUUCUGUGUUUUCUGUCUCCCUUCGUCUCCUGUGUCCGUGCAUUCGGUGUGAUUUUGUCUUUUGUUACAUAUAGCAAAGAAAAAAAAAAAGGUUAUUAUUUUAUCGGUGGUCUUGCGUAGUUUAAUCCACCUGAGAAGUCUUACGAGGGCAAAGACCCGUCGGCUCUUCCUGGUCAAGCAAGCACAAGAAAACCUGUUGUGCACACAGCUGAGCCUCGAUAUUAAAGUUACAGAGGAGGGAAAGAAUAAACACUGGCCAGGUGAUGGUACUCUUCCACAGCUGGUUAUGGGAAUCAUGCUUAGUGUACUUGACAGUAUUGUCAUUACCUGAACUAAAUAAAGAAAAUCUUGAACCGGA